AUGGGUAACUGUUGUUUGAAAGGGUCAAAAUCAUCAAGAAUGGCGUGGGCUGAAACUGAUGAUGAAAAUGAUAAUUGGGUCUACUAUUCUGACCCCGAUCUUCAACAGAAACAGAAUCUUUUAAGUGAUGAAAAAGUGGAAAACGAAAACAGACCAAAUCCCUCUGUUUCUGUGAGUGGAAACAUCAACAAUGGCAAGAACAGAGAAGUGAAGAUCAUGCUGAGCAAGAAGAAGCUGGAGGAAUUGUUGGGUAAGGUGGAGGAUCUUCGUAACAUCCCUGUGGAUCGGAUCUUGGAUCGAUUGAUUGAUUUUAGCGAUGGAUUUGAGUUUGAUGAUCCUCAUCAGCAGCAGCAGCCAUGGAGGCCAAAUUUACAGAGUAUCCCGGAAGAGAAUUAG